CUCCUUUACUCUCUCUCCUCUACUUAUUUACCCCCUCUCCUCUUUUUCGUUACACUCCCUCUCCUUUUAUUCUAUACUCCUUCACCUCCUUCUCAAUUAAUCCCUAAACUCUUCUUCUUUUUCCCCUCUCAUCCUCUCUUUUACUCCCUCUAAUCUUAUUUAUUUCCUAUGCUGCCUCUUCUUUAUUAUCUUCCCAUCUAGUCUCUUUUCCUCUUUCACUUCUUCAACUCUAAUCUUCUAUAGUGUUUAUACCUUGGAAACUUGUAUAGUAUCUUUCUUACUCUUUCUUUUUCUAUGUUACCGGUAACUUUAUUUUUCAAUAUUCUGUUAAAUGUAAAACCUUUAUGUUAUAUUAUGCGUUUACAUAGUGGGACGCACUCAUACAUCUAUUUUAAGCAGCUACACACGAACCUGGAGCUUUCUCUCCAGUUCUCAGAGUAUACCCGGAGAUUCAGUGAUUUGAAAUACAUCUGUACACAUUAUAAUGGCAGAGGGAGCAAUUUUAGAUCCUGGUUUAGAAGCAGGACGGAAACCUGAUGUUAAACCCGGGAUGGUUUUACUCUCUGACGAGAUGGUUUACAAACUAAACAAAAAGAUUGCUCAGUUAACAAAGGUUAUAUACUCAUUGAACACGAAAAAUGAUGAUCUAGAACUUAAAAUUGAAAGGUUAAAAAAGGAGAGACCUGGAGAAAAGAAUAUUGAAACCCAAGAGCUAGAACUAAAAAAAGAACUCCGGAACGCGACUAACCAACUGAGGCAGUAUGAACUGAAACUGAAGAAUAUUGAAGAAAAUCACACAAAAAAGAUAAAGAGUGAAGCAGCAAUGUUGGAAAAAUCAGAUCUGCAGGUUGACCAGAGCAGAAAUGGUUCAAUCGAUCCCAGUGAUUCCAGAGACGUGGAGAGAAGAAAACUAGAUGAACUGAGACUAGAGUACGCGGAGAGAGAAAGAAUAAAAAUAGGAGAACUAAGAUCUGAAUACGAGGAUAAUGAGAAGAGAAAGAUAGAAGAGCUAAGUAUAAACUAUGAAGAAAGGUUUGAAAAGAUGAAGUAUGAGUAUGAAACUGAGGUAAAGAGUUUCAGAGAUCUAGCUCUGAGUCGAGAGGACGAACUCAACUCUUUAAAGGCUGAAGUUUUACAAAUCAAGUGUGAUUUGUUAGCUGAGGAGCCCCGACAUGAGAAGAGAAUUGAACAUCUUCUUCAACAAAUAUCCGAGAAUGGAGAUAAACUGAGUAGGGUAGAAGAAGAGUUAGCUCAAAGCCAAGAAACUACUCAAUCAGUUCAACUUUUAAACCUUGAACUGCAAGAACAAGUUCAGUGUUUACAAACAACAGUCGCACAGAGAGAAAACUACAUAAGCCAAUUAAACGUGACUGUGGAACAAACAAAGGCGGAUAUAGGGAAAACCCACGAGGAAUUGUCCAGACUUGAAAAAGAAUUGAGUUGGAGCAAAAAUAAAAUUAAAGAAAAAGAGAAAGAAAUAGAAUCUUUAACUAAAAAACAGCUGGAGAAUCAAAGUGAUUCAAACCUCGUGAAAGAUCUUGAAACUGCUCUUGAGGAAGCUAUCGUUGAACGAGAGCAGAUCCUGGCUGCUUGUGAGAAGGAGAUUGAACAAGAGAGAAAUAUUGCAAUAGAGUUAGAGCAGAAAAUGAUGGAGGAUUUCGAAUGGAAACUUCGAGAACUAGAACGAGCCCACAGACAAACUAUAAAAACAUUAGAAGAAUCUUUAGAAUUAAGAAUAGGAGAGAAGGAGAGAGAAAUGAACCGACAAAAGGAUAUAGAUCUCACGACUAUGUGUAUACAGGCAAGACGAGAUAUGGAGAAAAAUGUUUCACAAAACAUGAAAUCAACUCUUGACGCUGCAAAGAUUGAAAAAGAAACUAUUAUUAAAGAUAUCACUGCUCAGAAGGAUAGAGAGAUAAAAUUAUUAAAACAGUCCUGGGACAGAGAGAAAAAGGUCCUGGAAACAGAUAUUGCGGUUCAGGUGAAUAAGGUUAGAGCGGAGAAUGAUCAGAAGAUGCUGGAGAUGGGACGGAAACAUGAUCAGGUUGUGGAGAAAUAUCAGGAAGAAUAUGAUUCAAUGAGAGAUGAAAUGGAGGGAAAAAUCAACAGACUUAGAGCUGAGAACGCUGAGAAGAUAGAGGAAUAUGAAUCCAAGAUGUCGAACCUGUUAUCUGGUAAAACUGAUACAAUUUGUCAAAUCAAGGAAGGAGUUGAAUCCGAGUUCUUAGAACGAAUGACAGGUUUGCGGGAAAUCUACCGAACUGAGAUGUUGCAGCAGCAGGAACUCUACGCGAAAGAUCUAGAAAAAUGGAAAGAUAUUGAAAGAUGUCUGAACCUGAAACUUACAGAGAAAAAACAAGAGAUUAACGACAAUAUCGCGUACUACACCCAACGGGAGUCGGAGUUGGAAACCAAGAUUGACGAACUGAUGACUAGGCUCCAGGAACAAACUGCAAACUAUAUCAAACUCCAAACUGAGUUUGAUAAUUGUGAAUGGUGGGAGGAAGAGGAUGAGAAUAAAGAACCGUCCUUAUCCCAGCAAUCCAUCAAACCUUCGUCCAGACCCCCUUCAAGAGGGAGAACUCACAACAUGCACCUUAACUCCACCACAGUAAGCACGGACUUUCUAGACCAUACAACAACCCCUAAAUCAGGACGGAUUAGUUUGAAAGAGGAUAUUUUCUAUCCAAUGGUUGGGCAGGACGGAUCAGGUUCCAAGGUUAUGGAUAGUCCAGAGUUAAUAUCAAGACGAGUUGAGAGAGGAACUGAGGAGUAUAACGGAGUAACGACAGACGAGGAUUUAACGACGAAAAGGAAUUCGACAGCAUCUGGAAAAUCAAAUAAAAAAUCAAAUUGCACUCAACAANUAUAUUCCACUACACAUGUUCCAACUACAUAG